AUGCAAAAAACACUGAUCUUUUUUGGCCUUCUAGCUUCACUUGUGCUCACGGAACAGGCACACGGUGCUGAACUCAAAAGUUCACCGUCGGAAUGUUGGAAAGCAUGGAGUCGUUGUACUCCAGGAACAUCGUGGGGUACUGGUUGGUUGUGGCAAUCGUGCCAAGAUCGAUGCAACUGUCAACAAGCCGAAACUGGUAAAUGUGAAUCUGUUCCAAAUACUUGUCCAGAAGUAUUUGAAGGCUCCACGAUUCAGCAAUGUCACUGUUAUGGUACUCAUGGACUUCCAUAUAAUCCAAUUAAUGGUGAAGGCGUCUUUACUGUAAAUACUUUUCUUUGUGGACCACAAGCAAGGGGUAGGGUACGAUUAUCGUCCAAAGAUCCGACUAGCAAGUUAAUAAUUGAUCCUGCCUAUCUUGAUAAUGAUCUUGAUGUUGCAGUGCUUACCGAGAGUUGUCGUUUGUGUCAUGAAAUUAUAAUGAAAGGUCGAGGAACAAAAGAUAUUAUCGUUGGUGCUUGA